GCGGGCUGGGUUAGGGGAAGGGGCACAAACUUCUUCAGGCUUGGGUCCCUGGGGGACUCCUAUCCCGCCCCAGCUUCUCCGCUCACCUCCUAGCUGCUCCUGGGUUCUUUUUGAAUCUCCUCCUCCUCCCUCCCUUCUCCCUGUUCCCAGGCAGGGUUGGGCUGAGUAAGGGGAGGGGUUAACCACUCCCUUCCCCGUGUGCUUCCUAGGGGGCCGGUGCCGGCAACCGCAGAGGCACUCUGGGCAGCAGGGUGGAGGCCCAUCCGGGCUAGCCUCCCCACUGCCUUCUGCCUUCUCCGGGGGCCCCACGGGCAAACCUCCCCACUUUAUUUUCAGGCUUCUCCUAGUGCCUUCCUGCUCCUGCCUGCUUCCCCAUCCUGCGAUCCUGCGAAGUUUCCGUUUCCCUUUCUGGGCUGGUGACAGUGGGGGGCUGUGCCCCGUGGGCCCCACGGAGAUGCUCAGUGCUCGGGAUCGCCGGGACCGGUCCCCUGAGGAGGGGGCAGCUGCAGAGCUCCAGGGCUUCGCUGUGGACAAGACCUUCCUCUCCUCUCUCAAAGGCAUCCUGCUGGAAACUGAGCUGGCCCUGACCUUCAUCAUCUUCAUCUGCUUCACGGCCUCCAUCUCUGCCUACAUGGCCGCGGCGCUGCUGGAGUUCUUCAUCACACUCGCCUUCCUCUUCCUCUACGCCACACAGUACUACCAGCGCUUUGACCGGCUUAACUGGCCCUGUCUGGACUUCCUCCGCUGUGUCAGUGCCAUCAUCAUCUUCCUGGUGGUUUCUUUUGCUGCUGUGACCUCUCGGGAUGGAGCCGCCAUCGCUGCUUUCGUGUUUGGCAUCAUCCUGGUUUCCAUCUUUGCCUAUGAUGCCUUCAAGAUCUACCGGACUGAGAUGGUGCCCAGGGCCUCCCAGGGGGACCAGCAGUGACUCCGGGGCUCCCUGGCUUCCAGACCAGCCAGCCAAACGGGAGAGUGGAGCCCAGAUACGUGGCCUUUGGAUUCACUAGCCCUCCCAGCCUAUCGCCCCCACCCUGGGCCUGUGAAGAUGCCUUGCCUGAAAAGUCACUGGGGACUUCUCUGUGGAGCCUGGUGCCCUGGGAUCUGGCUCCCAGUGAGGCUAUGGCCAGAGCAGGGGAACUUGUGGAAGUGGGUGGGGGAAGCUGGCCCUAAGGCAUUCCCAAAUUAAAAGAUUCAAAUCCUGCUGGUAAGUCUUUUUCUUCACCAGAAACCAGGC